GAGCAGGAAAUCCCUCUGAAGAGGAUAGGCGAGACACUCAAUUUGAUGAUUGAUGAUGAUGAUGAGGAUGAUGAUGAUGAGGAUGAUGAUUAUGAUGACGACGAUGGCGAUGACGAUGGCGAUGGCGAUCACGCCUACUGGAGGGCUGGAGGUGAGAUUGUAAUGGUUAUGCGGGAGGUGCCAUGUUUGUCGGUAUCGCGUAUGGCGUCGAUACUGAGGAUUCCGGUCCAAUCCAUGGCAAUUUUCGCACACACUGUCGGUUCCCUGCAUCAGGUGGACUCCAACGACGGUUUCCCUGUAAUUUACAAGCCCCCUCCAAACUACCCCAAGUCCCUGGGUCAGCGUCUGCUAACAACAGCAGAAGCGACCACUAUCUGGUGGAGGAAGCCGGUUUUGUGCGCACUGAGGAACUUCUUGCAAGCACCGCGUUUAACACGGCCAACGGUCGCUUAA